CGGUUGCUCCGGAAGUGGAGGGAGGGGGUGAAAAUGGCGCCCAGCUCGAAAUCCGAGCGGAACAGCGGAGCCGGGAGUGGCGGCGGCGGCCCCGGGGGAACCGGGGGCAAGCGAGCAACAGGGCGGCGGCGAGAGCACGUCCUCAAGCAGCUGGAGCGGGUCAAGAUAAGUGGGCAGCUUUCCCCUCGCCUCUUCCGGAAGCUGCCGCCCCGAGUCUGCGUGUCUCUCAAGAACAUUGUAGAUGAGGACUUUCUCUAUGCAGGACACAUCUUCCUGGGUUUUUCCAAAUGUGGCCGCUACGUCCUCUCCUACACCAGCAGCAGCGGGGAUGACGACUUUUCCUUCUAUAUCUACCACCUGUACUGGUGGGAGUUCAACGUCCACAGCAAGCUCAAGCUGGUCCGGCAGGUCCGGCUCUUCCAAGAUGAGGAGAUCUACAGUGACCUAUAUCUGACAGUGUGUGAGUGGCCCAGUGAUGCCUCCAAGGUCAUCGUCUUUGGCUUUAACACCCGCUCAGCCAACGGGAUGCUCAUGAACAUGAUGAUGAUGAGUGACGAGAACCACCGAGACAUCUAUAUCAGCACUGUGGCUGUGCCGCCAACGGGCCGCUGUGCUGCCUGCCAGGAUGCCAGCCGGGCCCACCCAGGCGACCCGAGUGCACAGUGCCUGCGGCACGGCUUUAUGCUGCACACGAAGUACCAGGUGGUCUACCCCUUCCCCACCUUCCAGCCUGCCUUCCAGCUCAAGAAGGACCAAGUGGUGCUACUCAAUACCAGCUACUCCCUGGUGGCCUGUGCUGUCUCUGUCCACUCGGCAGGUGAUAGCAGCUUUUGCCAAAUCCUGUAUGAUCACACGACCUGCCCCCCAGUGCCUCCCAGCCUGCCUGAGCCCCAGAGUCCAGAGCUGCCCCCUACCCUCUCCAGCCUCUGCCCUGAAGUGGCUCCAGCCCGGCCCUCUGGAGCCCUAGACUCCUCACCUGCCAUUGCCAAAGCUAAGGAGUUUGUGGCUGACAUCUUCCGCAGGGCCAAAGAGGCCAAGGGUGGGGCCCUGGAGGAAGCCCACCCACUCUCCUAUGCAGGUCCCUCAGGCAGCCGCUGCCGUGCACCCUCUGAGUCCCUGGCCCCAUGUGGGGAGGCAGCACCCCGGGACAGCCCCCCUGUAGCAGAAGCCCCUGCCCCUGAACCUGGGUAUGUCAACUAUACCAAGCUAUACUAUGUGCUGGAGUCUGGAGAAGGGACAGAGCCGGAGGAUGAGUUUGAGGAUGACAAGAUCUCCCUGCCCUUCGUGGUAACUGAUCUCCGUGGCCGCAACCUACGGCCCAUGCGGGAACGGACCACUGUCCAGGGCCAGUACCUUACGGUGGAACAGCUCACGCUGGACUUUGAGUAUGUUAUCAACGAAGUCAUCCGCCAUGAUGCCACCUGGGGCCACCAGUUCUGCUCUUUCAGUGAUUAUGACAUAGUCAUUCUUGAGGUCUGCCCAGAAACUAACCAGGUCCUUAUCAACAUUGGCCUGCUGCUCCUAGCAUUCCCGUCCCCCACUGAGGAGGGCCAGCUCCGACCAAAGACCUAUCAUACCAGCCUGAAGGUGGCAUGGGACCUCAACACAGGCAUCUUUGAGACAGUCAGCGUGGGUGACCUCACUGAGGUCAAAGGGCAGACAAGCGGCAGUGUGUGGAGCUCCUACCGCAAGAGCUGCGUGGACAUGGUCAUGAAGUGGUUGGUGCCUGAGAGCAGUGGCCGAUAUGUCAACAGGAUGACUAACGAGGCCCUGCACAAAGGGUGUUCACUAAAGGUUCUGGCAGACAGCGAGCGAUACACGUGGAUUGUGCUGUGAGGGCGAGCCACCCUGGACACUGACUCCAACUACCUCCACGGCCUGGGAGCUGGCCACCUCCCUGGGCUGGCUGACUGAUGACCGGCACUAGUGUCAGGCUGUGGGAAGGGGGCUGGGUGGGGCAGCCCCCUGGUGGCCUGAGAGUCUGGACGCUUUUUAUUUAUGCCUAUUUAAGUUGGGAAGGGGCAGAAGGAGGGAGCCCUCUGUCCCACCAGCCUGGAGCGCCUCACCUUCAUCCAGAGCUGGGCAUGGGCCCUGGCUCUUUGUGCAUUUGCCCCUUUCUUUGGCUACAGAUGGGGACAUUACCCUUGGGAAGGCCAAAUGGACCCUGUUCCUCCUCUACCCAGCCGGUUCCUGCCCCCAGGUGGCCAUCCCCACUUCCUCUUCAUGUAAUAAAUGUUCAAUUUCUGAACCU